ACCCCACAAAAGUCGAAAUGAAGCCUGCAUUAGUAUUAUUCAUCUCUGUUGUCUCUAUGCUGAGUUAUGGCGUUUGGACAGCAAGUGUCAAGGAUCUGGAACCGAGGAGUCCCUCCAUGGUCGCAGAACGUGUCAGAUCAGCAGCCAACGUAAUCGCGGAUGCAGUGGUACAACUCCUGCGGCAGCACGUGGUGGAUCCGCUGGUUCUGCCUGAUGCCAGAAAGAAUUUCACUUUGGAGAUCUGGGUAGUGAAGUUUGAUGGUGUUCUGUAUCUCACGAAUGGCUGGCUGCGAGAUCUGAAGACGAUGGUGCGAUCUGGUGAAGCAGAUGUGCAGUUCGACGGCGACUUGGUGCACAUCACGACAAACCUUGACUUCAACACGCUCCAUCUCAAUUACGAUUACCGCGUAACCGUUAUGGGAUUAGAGCCUUCUGGAAAACUUCUGGGCGCCGCGGAAGACCUUAGACUGGCGCUGCAUCUCACUGCCGACUUAAGUACCUUCAAGACGACGCUUUCAAGCCUCAAUGUUCUCAACGCAGCAAAUACGGAAGUCGAAGUCCAAGGAGGCGGUGCACAAGAUGAAAUUGUGAACGCAAUCAUCCGUCUUGUAAAGCCUUACUUCGAACAAGAUAUUCUCAACAUCCUAGAAGACAAGAUUACAUCGACGCUAGAAGAAGCUCUGAUUGAUUUCGAUAUUGGCGAGAUCCUUGGUCUGUAACGCUGUAUAAAAACAUAUCUAAAUCCAAAAGAAAUCGACUAGUAUGUCCCGAGACCCCCAUCAUGAUCAUCGUGAAUAGAGUAUAACUUAUUGGACAGUAAUUUGUUUAACUUUCAGACAGGCAGAAAUAUAUAUGCCUACGGUACACGUGUAUUUUACUCGAAUAUUCUUAUUAAGACCUCUACUAAACUGAAUAUCAUUGUAAAAAAAAUUAUAUGAAACGAGGAGAUAAGUAUUCUGUUUAGACUUACACAUUGUAGUUUAAUUAUAAUAACUCAUGCAUUUGUUUAU